UUACUCUAAAAUUACAAACCCGAAUUCUGUACACCAGUGUGAUUUAAUUGAAAUACCAUAUGAUGAAGAUGUAGAUACGGGUUUUAGUGAAGAAGUCGCAGAAGCAUUUAAGAGUAUAUAUAAUAAUCCUGACAAUCCUCUUAACUGGGCUCAGCUAUUGCAAUAUAACCAAGGUCAUGAGUUCAUAGGAAGUGUGACAUUGAUAAUGGAUGAACACAAUGUUAACAUCUGA